AUGUGUCGUUAUAACCAGCUGUGUGAGAACUCUGUAGGAGGAUACCGGUGUGUGUGCUCCCGUGGCUACAGGUCUCAGGGUGCCGGGAGACCCUGCCUAGAUAUUAAUGAGUGCCAACAAAUACCCAAGCCCUGUGCGUUUCAGUGCCAAAAUAUGGCUGGCAGCUACAAAUGCCUUUGCCCCCCUGGAAAGCAGCUUUUGGCAGAUGGCAGGUCGUGUGCCGGGCUGGAGAGGAUUGGGAACAAUUCAGCUUUUGGUAACAGUGGCCCACAGAUUGAGGGGGCUCUCACAGGUGGACGAAUUCAUGGAAACAACGUGUAUACCUGGCUAUCCUUCAGCCAAAAUGCAAACUUGCUCGGUCAGAGCAGUAUGGCCCGCUGUCCCACAGGUUUCAUAAGAAGGAAUGGAGUGUGCACAGAUAUGGAUGAAUGCCACAUGUGCAGCCCUUGCCAACAUGAAUGUAGGAACACGGAGGGCAGCUAUCAGUGUCUGUGUCCUGCUGGCUACCGCCUGCUCCCCAACAACAGGAACUGCCAGGACAUAGACGAGUGUGUGGAGAACAGAAUAGCCUGUGGGGCCAACCAGAUGUGCUUUAAUACCAGAGGAGGAUAUCAGUGUCUGGACACUCCAUGCCCUGCCUCUUAUAAAGAGAUUACCCUGUUUAAAUCCGUAGAAUAUCAAGAUACACUCAUAUUUGAUAUUGCACCUGUGAAGAGUGGUUCAAAUAAAGCAGGCUGGAAUCAUAAAGUCACCCAGCAAACAGGCCUCCCAUGGUACACCAAGAAUGUGGAUUAUACAGGAGGAGGAGAGCUACUGUUUACACAUUCACCACAGAAGCAGGUAUUCCCUUCUGGAGAGACUGCUGUGUUCAUCUGUAAUAUGUCAGCUUUAAAAUACAUUCCUGGAGAUGUUAUGUGGUACAGGACACAAAACAGGACAGAAAAGAUUGCUGAAUUAAAAUCCCAGGAAGGUAGUCGCAUAUUCAUCAAGGCCAACCUAACAAUCAAGGAGGCCAGACUCUACAUCACAAAUCUGACAAUAAAUGACAGUGGAGAAUAUAACUGUGGGCUUAUAAACGUCUCAGCAGAAAAUAAACUCAUAUUGAGCAACAAAUCUAAGUUGCAUGUAACAGAGCUGCUGGAGUUGUUCUUAACAGAUAAUUACGCAUACAGUAUGUUGCGCAGACAUGAUGAUGAAAACUCAAUACAAGUUUUUAUGUUUGCUGCAAAUUCUACAACUGUACCUUAG